AUGAUUCUUGAAGAGAAUUGUGUUUUUUCUUUAGAUUUAGUUGAAAAAUUAAAUAAAUAUUUUAACUCAUACUACAAACAUUUGUUUUCCAAAAUUGUUCCAAUUUCAGUACAAUUUAACCCCUCUUCCUCCCAUUUUAGAAUAGAAGAACCAAAGAAGACCAGUGUAAAAGGUGUGUUGGAUGAAGAGAAGAGAUUUAAUGUUACGGAAAAGAUUGUAGAACUCCAUAGUUUAUUAUGUGUGUAUAAAAAUGAUAAAAAUGCCCAUAGAAACUUAUUAAUAUUUCCUAUACAUUGUAAUUCCAAGGUUAUUUCAAAUGAUCUCAUAAAUAUACUUCAACUUACUACAGAAAAUACUGAUUUUAAGGAUGAUUUUGGAGAAAUUCCCAGAAAAUACGGAUUUUUGAAUGAAUUACAAAAUUCACUGGAUUUUAAUAAUAGACUAUUUAUUUCAGUUUUUUAUGAAAAUAAUAAAUUUACUCUUUAUGAGCUCAAUUUUAAUUCGAUUCUUAACUUUUUGUAA